AUGGAGUAUAAUAAUAAUCACAAUAAUAACGGUAGCAACCGUGCUAUAAAACAGGAAAUGGAUGAUCUUCUCAACUCUGUUGAUCCCCAAACCCUUGCCAAUAUCCAUCACAAUAGUAACAAUACCAAUACCAACAACUCUCAGUUUAAUAAUGCCAUCCAAGAUAUCUUUGUCCAGGACCAAAUAUUCCAGCAAAUGCUCAUGGAAAACACCAGGCCCCAAAGUACUAACAGUAGCAAUAAUAAUAAUAACCCUAUGAUGAUGUCUACCACCACCGGCAUGAAUGACCCAUCGUUUGGACUGAUGAACUUUGUGGGAAAUGAUCAUCUUAAUAAUAAUAAUAGUAAUAAUAAUAACAAUAAUAAUAAUACGACAGAUUUCUAUUCCAAUCAACGCUCAAUAUACGGGAAUAGUACCCAUAAUGGCCAGUUUGUACCGAUGCCCAAUAUUGAUUUUGUCAAUCCGUUUUCAGAUAAUGCUCAGAACCUCAAGACUGAAGUAACCCCAUUCAACAAUCCAUUUGGAAAUCCUAGUAAUCAGAACCACAACAACAUCAUGAAUAAUGUUAAUUUCCAUGAUAAUAGUAACACUCAUAAUAUUGAUAUUUCUUCGUCUCAACCCCAACUACCACAAGACGUGAACUUACUCUCCAUACCCUUUGAUAACCACCUCACCAGAAACACUUCCAGCUCUAAUUUGUCAGAUUUCUCUAGCAACGCUCCUUCACCAUCCCCGUACAUUUCUGCUCCGGGAUCUCCGUACUUGAAUGAUUAUUCAGAGAAUUUGUCGAUCAAUAACGACCCACAACAACUUCAGGUACCCAGCAUGUAUCUUGAUGGAUACACCGAUUUCAACGAAUCACGGUUGACAGUGGAGAAUCUUCAUAAUUUCAGCACCACCAGUUCAUUCCAAUCUUCGAAAACCCAUAAACCAUCGAUCAAGUACGAAGAAGUCGAGGACCAAGCAAGGAAAACCCCAUCGUUAUUUGGUGGGGAGGAGUCCAGCAAUAAUAACUCCCCGGGCCAGCAAGCCAUCAUGAACAACAACAACAACAACAACAACAACAACAAUAAUAAUAAUAAAUUUGGUGAUUCUUUACUCCCCAGUGUCAACGUCAAUGAAGUUCUAGGGGUCCCAAUACUCGCCGGUCAUGAACGUAAUAUCAGCACCAGUGAUGAGCAAUUGAGCAAUAUGUCAUUGAACUUUAUGUCACCAAUAAGCACCACCACCACCACCACCACCACCGCCGCCGCCAACAACAAUAAUGAUACUCUUUUACACCCUGAUGAUAAUCAUCCUGGCCAAGGCCGUCCACGACGUCGUCUGAUCAAUUCGAAAAACCCUCCAAGAUCUCGAUCUCGAUCCCGUUCUAGCGAACGAAAUUUGUCACUCGCGGAAAAUCGUGAUAAGAUCCUUGAAUUGGCGUCGCCUAAUCAUUCGAAUAAACGACAACAGAAGCAUCCGUCAAUCUAUGCGUGUGAUCUAUGCGAUAAGAAGUUCACCAGGCCGUAUAAUCUCAAGUCUCAUAAACGGACCCACACUGAUGAACGACCAUUUAUUUGUGGGACAUGUGGGAAAGCGUUUGCUAGACAACACGACAAGAAGAGGCACGAGGAUUUGCAUACUGGAGAGAAACGAUUCCAGUGUCGUGGGCUUCUUAAAGAUGGGAAAGAGUAUUGGGGAUGUGGGAAAAAGUUUGCGAGAAUCGAUGCUUUGGGGCGUCAUUUCCGUACCGAGGCAGGAAAAGAAUGUAUUCGACCAUUGGUGAUAGAAGCAGAACAAGAAAAGACCAGCCAAAUUACCAAUGGUGAUGAUUUCUACCAACAGAUUCUACAACAACAACAAGAACGUCAAUUACAGUUACAAAAGGGACAGAAAAAACAAGGAGUACCGAAAAUUGCCAUCAACACUACUGAUCUAGGGGAGAUGGGAUGUUCACCAGGGGUUUCACCAAUUGAUAGUCCAAUCCCGGAUUUCAAAAUCACCGUGGUUCCUGAUCCUUCUCCAAGCACCAACUUUUCCCCAUAG